AUGUCAACCGCAGAUACAAAUGAAAUAAGCGCUCUUUACCCCCCUCCUCCGCCCUAUAUCAAGUUCUUCACGCAGGAGAACCUGGACAAGCUACCCGAGUACAUCAAGAACAAAAAAGAUGCUAAAAGUGACGCUGAAGAAGACGAGGAGAAGCCUCAAUGCCCAUUGGACUUUCUAAUCCCUCCUCCAUUACCCAAGAGCUCUCAAUACAGGGCAUUCGGAAGCGUGUGGCAACUCAAAGAUCAAUUGCCGGACCUAGAGACCAUGGGGCUUACACAACUGUACAAGAAGGCCGGCGAUGCGGACACCAACGACUAUCAAAACAAAAUCAAGGAACUGCACAAGCUACUUAAGUCUUUACUCCUCAAUUACCUUGAGCUUGUCGGUAUCCUAAGCGUCGACCCGACGCUUUACGAACAAAAGGUGGACCACAUUAGAACCAUCUUGGUGAAUAUUCAUCAUUUGCUCAACGAAUAUAGACCACACCAAACGCGAGAGUCACUCAUCAUGCUCCUGGAGGAACAACUCGCCUACAAACGCAAGGAAAUAUGGGACAUCGAUCAAGUAUGCGAUCAGAUCCGCGACAAGCUCGCUCACAUCGACAUUGACAUCGAUAACGGCUCAGCCUAA